GGUAAUAGUUGUUCCAGGAAUUUAUUCAUUUGGAUUUCCUUGGCCAUCUCUAUGUAAUUUCCUCACACCCAAGUCCAGCUUCCUCUGGGCUCCAUUCUCCACCCCCCACCCCCAGUAGAUCUGGUCAGUCCCACCUCUGGGUGGGAGUGAUCAGGGGGCUCUGGCCCAGGAUUCCCAACCCUGGAAGGCAGUUCCAAGGCAGCGAGAGAGUUGGGCGUCGGGUACGAACCUGGCAGCUCAGGAGUGGGCGCUCCACUCACCCCCCACAAGAAGAUGAAAAAACGAAAAGAGCUUAAUGCGUUGAUCGGCCUGGCUGGUGACAGUAGGAGAAAGAAGCCCAAGAAAGGCCCGAGCAGCCACCGCCUGCUUCGCACUGAACCUCCUGACUCAGACUCAGAUUCCAGCUCAGAUGAAGAAGAGGAAUUUGGAGCAAUUGGAAAUCGCUCUCGUUUUGUCAAAGGAGACUACUUACGAUGCUGCAAGAUCUGUUAUCCCCUCUGUGCUUUUGUCAUCCUCGCCGCCUGUGUUGUGGCCUGCGUUGGCUUAGUGUGGAUGCAAGUGGCUCUCAAGGAGGAUCUGGAUGCCCUCAAGGAAAAAUUUAGAACAAUGGAAUCUAAUCAGAAAAGCUCAUUCCAGGAAAUCCCCAAACUUAAUGAGGAACUUCUCAGCAAACAAAAACAACUUGAGAAGAUUGAAUCUGGAGAGCUGGGCUUGAGUAGAGUCUGGAUCAACAUCACAGAAAUGAAUAAGCAGAUUUCUCUGUUGAGUUCUGCAGUAAAUCACCUGAAAGCCAAUGUCAAGUCGGCUGCAGACUUACUUGGCCUGCCUAGCACUGUAGAGGGACUUCAGAAGAGUGUAGCUUCCAUUGGCAAUACUUUAAACAGUGUCCAUCUUGCUGUGGAGGCAAUACAGAAAACUAUGGAUGAACACAAGAAAACCUUGGAAUUACUGCAAAGCAAUAUGGAGACCAAUAGAAGCAACAAAAUCAUGACAUCAAUGACGUCAGAGCUUGAUAAUAAAACCAACAGUGAAAGUUCAAAGCAGGAUAUCCUGUACCUUCACAACUCCCUAGAGGAGGUCAACAGUACUAUAGUGGGAUACCAGAGACAGAGUGAUCUUAAAUUUGAGGGGAUGAAUGAGACACUCAGUAACCUGACACAGAGACUCGGCCUGAUAGAAAGUGAUGUAGCUGCACUGAGCAAGGCAGAAAACAGAGCAAACCUGACCUCCAGCAUGAAAGAAGAUAAUUCAAAUUCUCAGGUAUCUAAGCUUCGAGAAAAACUGCAGCUGAUCAGUGCUCUUACAAACAAACCUGAAAGCAACAGGCCUCCAGAGACUGCAGAGGAAGAGCAAGUACAGAACUUCACAUCAAAUCCGUCAACAUUGUCAAAAUUUUCAUACUUUCGUGGAGACCAAAUGGAGACCCAGCUAAAACCUAUCUCCUUACCAGGGAUUUCUAGCAUCAAAGAUCUUCAGGAUUUAUUCCACAAGGCUGGUCAAGAUAUGGAUGGGAUGCUGACCUACCAGGAAAUCUGGAAUUCCCUAGGUUCUGCCAUGCCAACACCAGAGAGCUUGAGAGCCUUUGAUUCCAAUGGCGAUGGGAGAUACUCCUUCCGAGAGCUAAGAGUAGCAUUAGGUAUCUAAUAUUGUCAGGCAUAUUUUGAAAAGGAUGUGUACUCUGCACUACCUAAAAUCUACUUAUCUUAAAAAAAAAAAAAAAAAAAGAAAAAAAGAAAAGAAAAGAAAAACUUUUGACUUAACCCAUCAACCCUCCAGCCCUUCACAAAACUGUAGCAGACACAUUGCCACCUUUUAACUUGUUUGAAAAAUGCUAUCUGGGGGGGGAAAAAGUUAUUUUUUUAAAAAAAAAUUACUUAUAAUAUGAUGUUGUUUGGAAAUCUAUGAUUUCCUGAAGCCAGUAAGAUCUUGUAACUUAAAAGUUGCCAGGAGAAAAAUAAUAAAGCCCUCUAUGUCUCUCCUGUUUUGAAGGGAAGAGAACUUAUCUUUUGAAGCUGGAAAGUAUGUACAUAGAGUUAAUAAGUCACUGUUUAUAUUUCAUAUGAAUUUGCCUUAAAUUAGCUGCACUUUAUAGAACCUCAGAAUGUCUUUUCUUUGAAAGAUGAGUCUUUUCUGUUUGUAAAUAUAUAAAAUGAAAGAUUGUGCAUAUUGUGUAGAAAGUCAAGAGAAUGACUUUGGACAGGAUAACAAGUGACUUGUAAGUAAUUGACAGUCUGCUCUGGGUGGUAGCUGAAACUGUCUGCAUCUCUUUAAGGCAACCCUUAAGACCAUAGCGUUUGUUUGGCCUGAGAGCUGGGGCAUCAGAUCAGGGAGUGGAUGCUGUGCAGAGGGUGCCAGCUCCAGACUCAGGAAAGUCAGAUUUGGGGUCAUUGCUCCUAUUCCUAACAUAAAAACCAGAGAAGUCUCCUUAUGAUUUCCCUCACUUUUAAUUAUCUUUCUUCAAUGUUUAUGAGCAUUAAAGUUAUUCAGUGGGGAAUUAUGUUUUCCCCUCAAGCAAACUAGAUUGUCUUCUCUACCCACCCACUGGGGACUACCUUAAAGUCAUGACUGCCUACCUUUGGCAUCAUGAGAAGGCUCAUGUCCUUGGUCACUUUGUCAAAUUAGUUGUCCAGAACAUUCGAAAAAAGCUCUGAGUUUUGACUCGGGAAACAUUAUCCUUUGGGAUUUUACCUCUGGACUAACCAUGAACUUUCUUGGUUUUAUUUCUUGGCAGGAGGCCAAAGACAAAAUGUGGUCAAAUGACAUGUGAAAUCAUAUUCUUUCCACACAGUUGUCUACUCAAAAGUAGCUAUAGGUUUUCUGUCCAGAGGAUGCCACAGUGAGCAGGCAAGCUUAGAGCAGGGCUGUCCAGUGAUGGUGGCAGUUUUUCUAGACCUAGAAAGCAAUUACAGUGCUUGUCUCUUUAUGCUCUUUGUGGGCAAGUCAUGAAAGGUCUGACUAGAAGGAAAUCACCAACGUCACUUAUGUUGAGAACACUUACAGUGUUCUUAGGCGUCCCUGGGCAGCAUGAAGACCCCACAGAACCUCACUUCGCCGAGCCAGUCAGGGAACACUGGAGGAGCUGUGAUGCAGGCCUCUUUAGUACAGAUCAUUCCUGUUUAAUUUUCUUCAAGUUGUCCUGUCAGCUGUAGAUAGUCGUACAGUGCCCUUAAACCUGGUUUGUUUUGUAUCUUAUUGCCUUUACAUGACGUUCAGCUUGGUGUUGGCCUCUUUUUUCCCUAGACAUAUUAAAACUCAGUGAAGGCAAGAUAAAGUUUCCCUCUGCACGUGUCUUCUUAUCUCACGUUUCUCCCUCUUUAAAUUUUUUGCCUUAAUGUUUGCCUUGCCCAUCUAUGCUGUCACUUUCUUGGAAAGGUUGAAAAUACACUUCAACAUUAUCCUGGCACUUUAGGUAACUUGAAAGUAACUCUGGUUCUUCUGGCUGCCUCCUGUACUCCCCCUCUUUUUAAUAUAUAGAUAUAAACCCAUACAGAUUUUGUAACAACCAAAUAAAAUUCUAGCAAUAAAUUGAA